UCCCGCCGCCAGCAGGCGGACAUCUAGCAUCAUCAUCGUACUCACACACAUACACACACACACACACACACACAGAGAGAGAGAGAGAGAGAGAGGUGUUCUCUACCCUCGAAGGCGGUGUAGGAUCGCCGCCACACACACACACACACACACAGAGAGAGAGAGAGAGAGAGAGAGAGAGAGAGAGAGAGAGAGAGAGAGGUGUUGUCUAACUGUCGAAGGAGGUGUAGGAUCGCGAUGGCGGCUCCUACGACGACAUCGAAAGGGAAGAGCCCGGGCUUUAAUAAGAAACGGAAGGCGGACCAAUUAAAGGCUGAACAGAAGCGAAGAAAGGAGGAAGAUUCAGAAGAGGAAGAGGAGGGAGAAAGCGAGGAGGAGGAGAGAGCGAUGGGCAAUGGAAAGAAAGUAGGUGAUCGUGACGAAACCGGCGGCCGCGAUAGCGACGAAGAUGAUAAAAGUGAUGAAGAUGAUGAUGAUGAAGAUGAUGAUGAUGAAGAUGAUGAUGAUGAUGAUGAUGAUGUUGAUGAUGAUGACGAAAGCGAUGGUGUAAGAGACGACGAGUUUGUGAAUGAGAGCAGUGAGGACGACAGCGAUGGUGAAGGUGAUGAUGAAGAAGACGGCGAUGAAGAAGAAGAUGAGGAGGAAGGUGGUGCGAACGGGGAGGGGAAAAGAAAAGCGAAGUCUGGGGCAGACAAAGACAAAGAGAAGAAAGGCGGGGAGAAAAAAGUAGGGGCGAAAAUAGUAGGGGCUAAUAAGCAAUUUACCGACAAGAACAAGAAGUGGUUGAAAGCUGUGCCAAAAUCAGACCUAUUAGCUUCUGGAUCUUCUUCUUCUGAAGAGGAGGAGGAGGAGGAGGAGGGGGAGGGGGAGGGGGAGGAGGGGGCGAGGAACGACGAUGACGUUGAAGAUAUGGAGGAGGAGGAGGAGGAGGAUGCGUCUAGCGAUGAAGAUGAAGAAGAGAUGGAGAUCGAGAGAAAGGCGCGCAAACUCGAUGCAAAGCGGCUGAAAGAGGCGGCGGAUGCUCAAGCAGAGAUGCAAACGAACAUCAUGGACGGUGAGGUCUUCCAGUUGCCAACGGAGGAGGAGUUGGAAGACGAGAAGAAGCAGCCGCCUGAUCUUCCUAGCAUCAAGAAGAGGAUUCAAGAAGUGGUAAGAGUGCUCAACAGCUUCUCGAAGCUGAGGCAAUCAGGCAUUCCCCGAUCUGCUUACGUGGACCUCCUUUCCAAAGACUUGGCCGUUUAUUACGGAUACAACGAGUUUAUGAUAGACACGUUCUUGCAGAUGUUUCCAGCUGCAGAGGCGGCGGAGUUCAUUGAGGCCAACGAGACCCCACGACCUGUGUGCUUAAGAACGAACACUCUUAAGACUCGAAGAAGGGAGUUGGCUGCCGCACUAAUUAACCGAGGAGUCAAUCUAGACCCUCUGGGCACUUGGUCGAAAGUGGGGUUGGUAGUCUACGACUCCCAAGUGCCAGUUGGCGCCACACCGGAGUACAUGGCAGGGCAUUACAUGCUGCAGAGCGCGUCGUCUUUCCUCCCAGUGAUGGCACUCGCACCGCAAGAGAAGGAGAAGAUUGUAGAUAUGGCGGCGGCGCCGGGGGGGAAGACGACCUACAUAGCCGCGCUGAUGAAAAACUCGGGCAUCAUUUUCGCGAACGAGCUGAAGAAGCCAAGGCUUAAGUCUUUGAUGGCCAACAUCCACCGCAUGGGGGUCACUAAUACCGUUGUGUGCAACUACGACGGCAGGCAUCUUCCCAAAAUCCUAGGGUUAAACUCCAUGGACCGAGUGCUGCUGGAUGCGCCUUGCAGCGGCACGGGCGUCGUUUCCAAAGACCCUUCUGUCAAGGUCAGCAAGAGCAGUGACGAGAUCUUGGACUGUGGGCGUCUACAGAAAGAGCUCAUCUUAGCCGCCAUCGACAUGUGCAAUUCCUCCUCCCCUAGUGGAGGGUAUGUUGUGUACUCCACCUGUUCUGUUAUGGUUGCCGAGAACGAGGCUGUCAUCGACUACGCACUGCGCAAGCGGGAUGUCAAAGUGGUCCCCACCGGGAUCGACUUCGGUCAGCCGGGAUUUGUCAGAUUUCGCGAACAUCGCUUUCAUCCGUCGGUCGCCAACUCUCGACGUUUCUAUCCCCACGCUCAGAACCUGGAUGGCUUUUUCGUGGCCAAGCUGAAGAAACUAAGUAACAGAGCGAAGAAACCUGCGAAGAAAGAUGAAGACGACGACGAAGGAGAAGAAGAGGAGGAAGAGGAGGAGGAGGAGGAGGAGGAGAGGAAAGAAGGUGGUGGUGGCGGCGGCGGAGGAGGGGACAAGACGAGGAGGACGGGCGAUGAUGGAGUUUCCAAAACAGGAAAGGCAAAUGGCAGGAAUGCGAAGGACUCGAAAAGGGCUGGCGAUGGGGUUACCAAAACAGGAAAGGAAAAAGGCGGGAAUGUGAAGAAGGCGGGUGGUGGCGCGCAGGUUGGAGAUGGCAGCCGCGAGGAGAAGGUGAAAAAACAGGAGGGAAAUCCUGAUGAUGGCCAGGGCAAGAAGAAGAACGACAAGGACAAGAAGAAGCAGAAGAAGAAGGAGAGGAAGGAGAAGAAGAAAUUCCCCUCGAGAGAUGAAAUUUCCGCCAGAAGGGAGGCCAAACGAGUGGCAUUGAGGGCCGCAAAGAUGCAGAAAACUGAAGGAGGAGGAGGGGGGGGAGAAGGAGGAGGAGGUGGAGGAGGAGGAAGCGAGCAAAUUGCGGCAGCAGGAAAAGUGAUGACGAAGUCAGACGGAAAGGAGAGGGAGAGAAAGCAUUUGGCAAUUGGGAAAAAAGGAGGACAAAAGGGAGGUCCAGGGGGGGAAGGGGGGAUGAAAGAAGGGACAAAGGAGAGAAGUGCGACUCAGCAGGAGGGCAAAAUUUCAAAAGGGGGGAAGAUUAGUCAAGGGGGGAGGGGGGGCUCUAAUGAGAAGAGAAAAUCCUCAGGACAUUCUCCUGCCAAGAGGAGGCGCCUUGCGGACGGGAAAAGCACCAGCGGCGGCGGCGGCGGCGGCGGCGGCAAAGGGAAAAGGUGAAGAGAGAGUGGGUAGGAUGGACUAAGUAGGUGGCGUGUGUAGUAUAGGGGGGCGAAGCAGUUUUGGGGGUAUAUAAUAAUAAUAAUAGUAGGGUAAAAGCAUUUUUGUUUUUGUUUUUUUUUGUUUUUUAUUUUUUUUAUUUUUUUUAGGGUAAAAGCAAUUUUGUCCCAACCUUCCAGGAGAGUGAUCGUAAACAUAGACGAAAGGAGAGCAAGAGAUUGGCGGGAAACAUCAUCAAAUUGGCGGGAAACAUCAUCAAAUUGGCGGCGAACAUGAUCAAAUUGGCGGGAAACAGGAUCAAAUUGGCGGGAAACAGGAUCAAAUUGGCGGGAAACAGGAUCGAAUUGGCGGGAAAGAUCAUCAAGGAUUGAAGAAGACAGUCAAGAGAGAAAGAGGAAAUUUGGAGAAAUGUUGAACGGUACUAAAGCCAUUUGAUAUGUGUUUUUUGUUUUUUGGCUUGUUGAGUUUCGCCCUUUUUCCGUAGUCAUAGUUGCCUUGAUUCCCUUUUCUUUUAAUUCUCUUUCUCUCUCUCUCUCUCGCGCGCUGCAUUUGGAAU